AGUGAAAAAUACAGUAUAUUAUGUACACACUAUACACUAUAUUGCCAAAAGUAUUGGGACACCCCUCCAAAUCAUUGGAUUCAGGUGUUCCAAUCACCUCCAUGGCCACAGAUGUAUAAAAUCAAGCACCUAGGCAUGCAGACUGCUUCUACAAACAUUUGUGAAAAAAUGGAUCGCUCUCAGGACCUCAGUGAAUUCAAGCGUGGUACCGUGAUAGGUUGCCACCUGUGCAAUAAGUCCAUCUAUGAAAUGUCCUUGCUACUAAAUAUUCCACGGUCAAAUGUUAGUGGUAUUAUAACAAAGUGGAAGCGACUGGGAACAACAGCAACCCAGCCACAAAGUGGUAGGCCACAUAAAAUGACAGAGCGGGGGGUCAGCGCAUGCUGAAGCACACACUGCGCAAAAGUUGCCAACUGUCUGCA